GGUAAUUUUCCAGAGCAAGUGAAUGUAAUCACAGCUGCAGGCUGUGGAUGAACGUCUGAGUCAGUCAGUUCUGUUUAGGUCCGAUGGCCACUGCGCGUUACAACCCAACAACAACAUCAAAAAACCAGCUGUUCAUUGAGACUGUAUCUACGCACGGAUGUAACGGCUCAGUUUUGUGGGAAUCAAGUCUUGAACCCACAGGAUAAAGUGACAAUUGAGUUGGAGGUUUUAAGUUCUGGAGCAAUUGAACCAGCGGCGAUAACAUCAAGAGGUAAAAUGGCUGAGAGCAAAGUCAUAAAGAACGAGAGUGUUAUUUUGGAGGAUCCUGCACGUGGUAGCAAUUCACUGAGAACUCAGCUCUGGACCAGGAAUUCCGAGAGCGGCGACGAGGAUUGUCCUCUCAGCAAUGACAGCAUUAGGAGUAACCCGAGUAAUCAACCGCGAUACGACGCUAUAGCUUACGCAGAAGAUAAAAUGCGUAGAAAGUUGAGGUUUUUUUUUAUGAAUCCUAUUGAAAAAUGGCAGGCUCGUAGACGAUUUCCAUAUAAAUUUAUCGUACAAGUGAUUAAAAUAAUUCUAGUCACUAUACAGCUGUGUUUAUUUGCUCACAAUAAUUACAAUCACGUAAAUUAUGCGUGGGAUAAUAGAAUAACAUUUUCGCAUCUGUUUCUACGUGGAUGGGAUGCCACGCAAGAGGUACCGGAGUACCCGCCGGCAACAGGUCCUCUGGCUCUGUACAAGCAAGACGAAUUUUACGAGACAAUAGAUUACGCUCUGGACGGCUAUUACAAUUUGAGUAACGCGAUUGGCUCGUACUCGUACACAGCCGAAGAUAACUCGCUGGGGCCGGUGCUGCUGUGUCUGUACCAGUACAAAGAAGGGAUUAUAUUCGGGUUCAACGAGAGCUACGUCUUCAACAACGAGAUAGACCGGACGUGUAUAAACGUCAAUCAGACAUUUUCGGACGGCAGCGAGCCGACAAUAAACUCGAAAAAAUUACUGAUUGACAGAGAUAUUAAAAUAAAUUUUUCGGCGCUGGUCAAAGCUCACCUGAAGUUCGCCGUAAAAACGGUUAAUUUGAAAGCCGCGGGCCCGAUAACGCCUCCGGACUGCUAUCAGUUCGACAUAAAAAUAAUAUUGGACAACAGUGACUUUGAUGGUCAAAUGUUACUGUCGCUGGACGUCGAGCCCAAAAGAUUGCUUUGCAAAGGUGACACUCAGUAUAUUACUGACAAUCAGUUAGACUCAGCUCUGAGAACAAUUCUUAAUCUCUUUGUGAUUCUUAUCUGCGGAAUCUCCCUAAUUUUAUGCUCGCGUGCUAUCUAUCGCGCUCAGUUACUUAAAUUUGAAACGAUAAGAUUCUUCAAGAAAACCUACGGCACUAAUUUGAGUCUCGAAGGCCGUCUAGAGUUUUUAAACAUGUGGUACAUCAUGAUUAUAAUAAACGAUCUACUGAUAAUAAUGGGCUCGGCUAUCAAGGAGCAGAUUGAGCGGAAAUACUACGGAAGUGAUCACUGGAACAUAUGCAGCAUUUUUCUGGGCACUGGAAAUUUACUCGUCUGGUUCGGAGUACUGCGAUACCUCGGGUUCUUCAAGACAUACAAUGUCGUGAUACUGACACUGAAAAAAGCCGCGCCAAAGGUCGUCAGAUUUUCGAUCUGCGCGAUACUAAUUUACGCGGGAUUCACGUUCUGCGGAUGGCUGAUACUCGGGCCUUAUCACAUUAAAUUCCGUUCACUUGCCACAACCUCAGAGUGCCUGUUCGCGCUUAUCAACGGAGACGACAUGUUUGCAACCUUCUCAAUAGCCUCAUUCAAGUCGCCGAUCCUCUGGUGGUACUCGCGCGCUUAUUUGUACACAUUUAUAUCCCUGUAUAUUUACGUUGUACUGAGUCUUUUUAUUUCAAUAAUUAUGGACGCCUAUGACACGAUAAAACUUUACUAUCGGGAUGGGUUUCCUAAGAAUGAUCUCCAAGCAUUUGUGUCGGUUUGCACCGACGAGGCGUCGAGUGGUGUUUUUAGACAGGAGUCAGAAGAACCCACUUGGAAAGAGUUGGUCGAGAGAAUGUGCUGUUGUCGGAAAAGACCCUACGGGUCUAUUCAAGAGGGAUCUAGUGAAUCGACAUCCAAGUGCGAUGAAAUUUGCGGGAAUUUUAUCUGUAUAUAGUAGAUUAAUUUCAAAUCGUAAUAAUAAUAAUAAUUAUGGGUCUAUUGCUUUAAUUAAUCGAGUGUGAUUAAUUAUUAAUUAUUAAUUAUCGAAAAAUUAAUUAUUAAAAUGGUACCGUCACUUAUUAUCCGAAGACAAAAUAUCCCCGACAAAAUAUCUUAUAAUAUAAAUAGUACGAUACUCUUUUAUCAGAAAUGUUUAAUAUAUUUUCACAUAAAAUUUGAGUGUGUGAUAUAAAAAAUAGAUCAACACAUAUGCUUGAAAUCGUACUGUGCCCUUUUUUCACAGAUUUUGGGUGGGUAUUAUUUUGGAAAUAGGUCAACACAUAUGUUUGGAAUGGUACAAUACCCGUUUAUCGAAAACCAUUCAUUAUUUUUUCACUUAAAAUAUAUUUUUCUGAAUGAGAUUUAUGGACAGGAUAUUUUGUCACUGAUUUUUUGUCUCUUGAAAAUUUAAGUCCGGGGAUAUUUUGUCUAUCGGAUAAAAUGUCUCCUGAUAUUUUGUCGCGGAUUACAAGUCGUGCUACCAUUAAAAUGGUAAGGCCAUACAGUUUAACUGCCAGUUAAAUUUAUUUGUAAAUUCAAAAUUUUAAAAUUGAAUUUAACGCACAAUUUUAUUUUACAAAAAAUAAAUUUAUGACAAUAAUUGAUGAACUCUUUAGAUGACGAUACAAAUUUUUUUAUUGUUAUUUUUGAAAUUUUUUAAUAAAUAAAAAAAAAAGUAUGUAAUGUAAUGGAUGUAGGAGUAGAUUUAUAAUUACGGUAAAAAAAAUAUAUAAAAUGUAUUGAUUGUAUGUCAUUAGCUUAGAGGUGCUGCGGAGUCUGUGAUAACUGAACCGUGUACAACAAAAGUUACACAAUUACCAUUUUACGUAAUUACUGAUAUGUCUUCUGAUAAACGGCGAACAAUGAUUGUAAUUAUCUAAGACUAUGAUAUAUGAUAUAUGAGAUUACUAACGAUAAAUCUUUGUUACCUUAAACAUAAAACAUAUCAAGAAGACUUGUGCAUUUAAUGACAUACAGCGAGGCAGGCUAAUUGUUUUACUAUUUAAUUGUUUCAUAAUCGUGUAAUAUAUAUAUAUAUACAUAUAUAAACGUAAAUAACAAAUAUUA